GUGUGUGCGUGUGUGUGUGUCCCUGGUGUUUGUGUCUAGCAUAUGCAUGUGGUUUUGCUGACUGCACUUGCAGGCUUGUAAAUUUUCACCAUGGGAAAUUACCAACAAAGCCCAAUCUGUCUCCUGGCUGCUUUGCACUUUCCGAGGGCGGCUGUACUUGAGCGAGCUGCAGAACGAGAGAGAAAGGGGAGUUGGGAGGGGGGAGGGGGGAGAGAAGGGUGGGUGGAGGGGGAGAGAGGUAAAUAGCCUUAAAUCGGAAGGGAGCUGCUUCUCUGUGGUCUUCCACAAGAGCUGCCAGGGCUCUGCUGGCUCAGUAAUAACUGAGUGACCUUUUCUUUUGCUGUAUUAUGUCUGGCUGGUAAGGGAUUGCAUUUUGCAGCUGAUAAAGCCCUGACUUCAUUCAACUCGGCUCCUCACACGCUGCUUUAGGAGAAGAGCUACAAAGCAGCCACUGUGCUUAUUGAACUGCCUCCCCUGUAUCGCUUAAUUGAGAAGGUAUACAAAUGCUCUCAGUCCAGCCAGACACCAAGCCGAAAGGUUGUGCUGGCUGCAACCGUAAGAUUAAAGACCGGUAUCUUCUAAAGGCCCUGGACAAAUAUUGGCAUGAAGACUGCUUGAAAUGUGCCUGCUGUGACUGUCGCCUAGGGGAGGUGGGCUCUACCUUGUACACCAAAGCCAACCUUAUCCUUUGUCGCAGAGACUAUCUGAGGUUAUUUGGCGUAACAGGAAACUGUGCUGCCUGCAGCAAGCUCAUACCUGCUUUUGAAAUGGUGAUGAGAGCAAAGGACAAUGUUUAUCACCUGGACUGUUUUGCAUGUCAACUUUGUAAUCAGAGAUUUUGCGUUGGAGACAAGUUUUUCCUGAAGAACAACAUGAUUCUGUGCCAGACAGACUAUGAGGAGGGUUUAAUGAAAGAAGGUUAUGCACCCCAGGUUCGCUGAUCAGAUGCCACAUCAUUAAGAAUACAAAGCACUAUGUUCUUUUAUCUUUUUUGCUCAACAUGUAUAUAAGAAAUGACACAGGAACCUACUGAAUAGCAUAGAUAUAGAGAGACAGAAUGGUUGCGUGAAAUAAAAGGCGGACUGCAUCUGUAUGUAGUGAAAAUUGCUCCAGUUCAGAGUUGAAUGUUAAUUAAAAAGGUACUGUACAUACAGCUGGAUUCUUUUUGCUUGCUCUUGGGGUUUUUGGUUUAGGUUUUUUGGGUUUUUUUGUGUCAUUUGGCAUGAGAUGUUUAUUUUGGACUAUUGUAUAUAAUGUAUUGUAAUAUUUGAAGCACAAAUGUAAUACAGUUUUAUUGUGUUACCAUUUGUGUUCCUGUUUGCUUCUUUGUAUUGUUGCAUUUAGUACAAUCAGUGUCUAAACUUACUGUAUAUUUAUGCUUUCCGUAUCUACCAGCUAUUUUAAAUGAGCUGUAUCUUUCUAGUAAAAAGCAUUAAAGAGCAAAUCCCAACCAUUAUGCUACACUUAGAGCUUAAGAAUACUGUUUACAUUAAAACUAUUUAGAAAACUAAUAACUCUAGCAGCACCUGCUGCUAAUGAUGCUGUGGUUAAGGGUCUAUCAGCAUUUCUGUUAUAAGCCUCUAUUUUUCAGGGGUUAAGCAUCUGCUGUUUAAUUGAAUAGAUUUUCCUUAAAGAGCACUUUUAUUUUACUACAAAAUUUUGAAAAACAAAUCUGACCGGUUUGGGGUAUAUUAUAAAAGGUGCAAAAGUUAAAGAUUUUGGGUGCUGCUUUUGUGCCCCUUAGGCAUUCAAAAUGCCUGUAUUUGAUUAUUAAUUUAGCUGGAAAUUAACCUUAAUGCAAACCAGUGCCUCUGGGUAUCUCAUUUUAUAUAUAUAUUAAAAAUAUAUAUAUAUUAUUUUUCUGAAAUCAUUUAAUUUGGGGGGUGGGAACGGGAGAGGGCUUCUGGUUAUAUGCAUUUUUAAAAGUUCUUAAAAUUUGAGGGCUCUCUCUCUGUCUCUCUUUCUCUUUUCUUUUGUUUUUUGUUUUAGUGGUUUUCUUUUUUUUUAAUCAGGGCUUAACUCCAUAAAGUUUUCCAGGGUUAUGUCCUCAGCAAACCCUGGAAAAAAGUGAAAGUAGAAGGUAUUGUAAACAGCCCCCUCUGAGGGUCUAUUUACAUGAAGGAAAUGACCCUGAGCUGACACUAGGACAGUGACUGGUUAUUAAUUACCCAUCUCUGUGAAUGCUGAAGGUAAUUUAAAUGCUGAUGUGGAUGGGACAAAACUUUGAAAUACUGACACAGAAAGUGAGAGUGACCACACUUGACUGCACAGGUACUUUGCUGUCCAUGCCAACAUCCUACAGGUUCUUCCCAUCAAUACUAGCAAUUAAAAUCCUUCGGACAGAGGUGGAGUCACUGCUGACACCUACUGUUGGCAAUCAGUCCAUUUUCUAGGAGAGGUGGACCUCUAUUUUUAAAGCCAUGAAGCUAUUGAAUCAGCAAGAUGUCCCUAAGUGCUCAUGCCCCUGACACAGCUUACAGGUGUUUGGCAAAGGAAAGCAGGAAAGUUCAAAAAGUUGUUGAAUGCAUAUUUAAUUCUUUUCUGUUUGCUACUGUAAUCUAGCUUGCUGGGAAAACAGCCUGCAUUUUAAACAACAUUAAGGGGGGAAAAAAGUGAAAAAGAAAGAAAGGAAAGAAAGAGAAGAAACCCACUAUACCCUAUGUUGCUAUGAAGUUGAGCUCUUGUUUUUAUUUAGACUAAGAACCCUUGCCUCUGCGAAGACGAGGGCUUUCUUUCCCUGCUCUUCCUGUCCUGUCACACAGUUUCAAAGUGUGUUUUCCUGGGGAUGGGGAAAGAAACUUUGUAAUGCAGUGGGGUAAUUCCUCUAGCGUAUGGUUUGGAGUACACUGCACAGUGGUUUGACUUAGAAAUGGAUAGUUAGUUCUAAUGACUGGUGUUAAUAGUGUGGUUUUGUUUCUGGCUGUGAACCCUUUCAAAAAUAAGCAUGGCUUACAACACUUGACUUUGACUCAUACAAGAGCAGUAAGAAAUGCAACGACUCCUUGAGCUACUCCUACUACUUAGAAGAAAUAGCUCCACAUAAUUUUUCAAAUUAAAUUUAGUCCUAUUUUGUGGACUAUCUUCCUUCCUAACCUUGAGCACGUCUCUCUUCCACUCCCUUCCACAGUCUUUUAAUGCCUUUGGGAUAACAAAGCGGUUGAUGUCAGAGGUACUAUUAGGCUCUUCCAGAUCUACUUCAAGUGCAAUAAACAAGUUGUGUUUUCCAUGAACAUGAGGGUGGCCAAAGAAAGAAUGAAUCAUAUUAUCUAUUUUGACUCCAGUCUCAGUUUUCUCCUCCAGCCUCUGUUGUGUCUUUCAGUUAGAAGCCAGAAAGAUCUCUCUUCUGCUUUCCAUGAGUAGCCUGGAUAGAAACCCCUGGUUCAGGAACAGCGAUGGGGAACAGGAAAGAAGGGACCUUGGUUCUGUCUUUGACUUGCUGUAAGCUUGGGCAAGUCACUCAACUUCUCUGUGCCUCAGUUGACCCUGUGUGCUGAACAGGGCUAAUGCAUGCACUGCUUUUGUAAAGCAUUUUUUGCUCUUCAGAAAAGCAAGAGCUAUGCAUGCAAAUGUUACCAGUAGCAUUAGGACAUUCUGGGAGAAGCAGAGCAUUCAUAUGUGUGGUAGGUAACCACAGAUCUGAGGCAGGAGAGCACCAAAACCGACUAACCCUUUGAAAGGCUUUGUCAGGGAAGAAGGCAAUUACACACUAAUAGAGCUGUAAAUGCUAAAGCGCUCUCUCAUUACCACAAAGUGUCACUGCUCACCACUCUAUGGUGUAAAUGGAAAGAGUGGAAUGGGAAAAUAGUGGCUUAAUAUUACAUACCAUGCUACUCCCAUGUGCACACGUGUUUUGGGACAUACGCUCAAAAUGGGGAAGAAGAGGGUGAUCCUGUUAUGGAGAAAAGAAUAGCUUCACCGUUCUAUCAAUCUUAGUUGAUGUAAAGAUAAAGAAAUGUUGAUAUGCUUAAGAGCUGCAACAGUACAGCAUUUCUUUGAGUGCUUUAAGCUUUUAUAUCAUCUUAUUCACAUACACAUCUAAAAUCUGUAUGUAGAGGAUACAGUAUAAAUUUAGAUUUGACAUAGGUCAAAGAUCGAUUAUACACAUUUUUCUGUAUUUCAAACUUCCAUCUUGACUGGCUGUUAAAGUAAUAACUGGGAGUUAAAGUAUUUAAUGGAAACCUUUACAACUCCAAUGAAGUGUAAUGUCAUAAGACAACAUUGAAGAGAGAUUUAUCUAUCAGACCACUUUUUUGAUCUUUUUGAUGGAGGCCUAGAGACUAUUUCUUUGGGUUGCUUUUAGUUGUCUACCUUAGGUUUCCUUCUCCAUCACUGUGUGUGUCAACAUGCUCUGUCUGCACACAGCAAAAUGUUCUGCUAGUGACCAUUGCUCAGUACUAGUUUGCCAGGCAGGAAUGCUUCCACUUAUAUUUCCUGUCUUUAACAUAUUUUAUCUUUGUCUGUACAAAUCUCCAAGUUUAGCAGGACAAAAAUGAUAACAAUAACAACAAUAAUUUUUUAAAUCUAUUAUUCUUGGGUUGCUGUUUUCUAAGCCACAUGGAAAGGUACAAAUUAGCUAACCUUGAUUUUCAAAUAUAGAAAGCUCCUCUGCCAACCAUAAUCUGCUGUGUCUGUCACCUGCCAUGACUGGUGAUGAAUCAAGACAGCCUGGAUUCUGCAGAAGCAGUGACCAGGGCUAAAAGUUGAUCUGUUUCACAAUCGUAUUUUUAUAUUGCUUAACAUAUUUUCUGGUUUGAUUUUUUUUAAGCGCACCCUCUUGCGUCUUCCUACCCUCCUAAAAUGCUCAAAUUUAUGCUCAUGUAAUGUAAAUAAAGAAAAAUCAUCCAGAAACCCCUCAAAUGUUCCUAAUUACCUACAUAUAAAAUGAAUUGAGGAAAACAGAUUGAAAAGUGGUCAGUGAGAAGGGAGACUGUGGGGAAAGGAAACAAACAGGGACUGUGGCAAGGUUUCGCCUUACAAAGUAGUUUAAAGGCUUUUUUCCACGUAAUAUACAGCAGCUUCUUAUAAUUUUCUUAGCAGUAGGUAGUUUAUAGUCAUCUGUACCUAGAACAAAUCAUGUCAAAAAUGAAGGUCUGUAGUGAUUGCUGGGUAUAAUCUUAUACAUUUAGCUGAUUCUUCUGAAAGCUUCCACUGUGCUGCUGUUGUCAGACUAAAUUAUCAAUUUAGCCAUUUGUUGUUUAAUGAAUAAAAACUCCUAUGACAUUGGAGAUGUUGUGGUUUCAAUAAAGCAGAAGCUUUAACAACUCAAA